AUGUACUCCAAAGGCAAGGCGAAUACAGUGCCCUCCGAUGCUCAGGCACGCGAAAAGUAAGCUGCACUUUAUUUUUCCUGCAGAAUGGAUGUCAGAAAUGGAAUCAGCGUGUUCAAAAAUGGGGGAUAGCGUGUAUAAUGUGGCACCAUUGUUGGCGAAUUUUCGACAGUUUCAUCGCCGGGUCGAGCGCGGCUUUUGUGCUCACUGUCCACCAUGUCUGUACAUUGAUAGAGUGUAACAGGUUUUUUUACGACUGUUUUUCGUUCUUCGCAGGCUGGCUUUGUACGUCUAUGAAUACCUUUUACACGUGGGGGCACAAAAAAGUGCACAGACUUUUCUUAACGAGGUAAAAUCUUUCGAAACUUUGUUCGCUUUCCCAGUGGUGAGGAUGCAAGUUGACUUUAUUGUGGACGCGCAACAUGCAACGCGUCGUCGCGAACAACUUACGCUGAUGGCUACUGAAGGCUAGUUUCGUUCUUUUACAGAUAAGAUGGGAAAAAAACAUAACGCUUGGAGAACCUCCUGGCUUUCUUCAUUCAUGGUGGUGGUAAGUUCGCCAAUGACUGGACUAAUUAGGCAGUUGUUGAUUCGAAUUUUAAACUAGGUUCUCAUUACCUUUACAGUAGAGUUAGAGGUACAUUGUAAUGGUCGUUUACACGAAACACUGACGGCCAGUAUUCCGCUGGCUUCUCAACUGUAGCUCUAGGUGCUUGCUAAACCUUUCUUUAAGAUAAAAUCCCGUUUGUUUUUUUUAAUUUCCCGCCCAAAUUAUAGCUGUUCGUUCAUCUCAUAUCCUUUGGUGUAUGUCUUUUUCCUUUCUUCAUUUCAGUGUGUUUUGGGAUUUGUAUUGUGCUGCGCCGGAGAGAAGGGACAGUUGUGACCACUCCAGUGAAGCCAAAGCUUUUCAUGACUAUGUAAGAUAAACUAAUAACUAACUUUGAAAACUCUCUUUGUAAUUUCUACCGUCAUCCUCGCGAGCAAGCGAUUAUUCGUUUGUCGAUGCGUUCCCCAUUUUUGUCACGCUACAGCAGUGUAUUGUUACAUUUACACGCGCGGAAAUCAAGCGAGAUCAACGACUUGAAACAUACUUGUCGCUAUAAUUAUUGUUGUGGGUGCAAAACCCAAAAAACAAAGAGUUUGAUUUCCAUGUGGGUGAUCGAUCGCGGCGUAGAAGUAAAAACACACACGCAGAUAAAGUGAGUUGUUUUUCGCUGCGCCUGAGAAUUUCCUGUCUUUGAGUGUGCACCGCUGUCAUUUCCUUUCAGAGAAAAUACCAAAUCCGUCUCGUGAGAAUUCUAACUGGGCUCCUCAUCAGCCGUAACUGAUAUGUUAGGAAAUAGCCUUCCGUGUUGAUUCGACUUAUUUUAGGGGAAGGGUAAAAGUUUGCCGUGUACUAAUAAUUUUGCCAGCUCUAAAGCUUGAACCUAAAGAUAGGAAAUAUUCAAAUGCCGAUCGAGUUGGGCUAGUUAAUUUUUUAUCGAGAACCAAAAGAUAUUGCUUCGUCGAAAGGAUAGAGACAACUUUGAUUUACUAUAGAGCAAACUUUUCGAAAAAUCUGCUUCCUAUCCGGAUAUCGUAUUCCUUUCUUUCCUCUCUUGUAGUUCUGCCUUUGACCGCUUAUCACGAACAAUAGUCUUUGUAGCUUACCACCAGUUGCAUUUUAUUCUGGGAUUAGAAACUUUCGCCUUCAUAAGUUUAUUUUCCGUUUGAUUGAAGACGACGCCACUUGAUCAUGUCGUCGUUAUUUCGAGUAAUUGAGUGUUCUUAGAUCUAACCAUUUUAAAUCCUGCUUAACCGGGCCGGGUGAAUGGCGGUCGGUGAGUGCUCAUGAACGUAAAGGUUUGAAUAAAUUACUCGACGGUAUAGUUACGACAGGAUUGGAUCAGGUGUAAGCCAUAGAUUUAUAUUGAAUUCAAUGAGUUUCCAGUGAAGUGCUUCAGUUUACAGCUAUGAUUAAUAAACCGCUUAGAUUUUGUUAUUUGGCUCGAGUAGUAAAGAUUAACAGAACGAAUGAUCGAAUUGAACGAUUGAUCAGCAUUUCGAAACCACGAGACUGAGCCGUCGACGGAUGUUUUGUGUUGACAAACUAUGGGGGAGAUGCGUAUUGAGGUUUCCCAAAAUUUGCAUAAUUUCAGCCAGAAUUCGGAUCUGUUUAAUGUCGUGGCAGAGCUGAUAUGAAGGCUUAGCAACUCCUUGAAGUGAGUCUUUGGUGAAAAGUCACUGAGAAAACCAGUUUAAUCGCGUGGAAAACGGUUCAGCCGCGCUUUAUUUCUUGUUUCGCGCGUGAUAAUCUCCACAUACCCGUCGACGCGCAGAUAAUGUGAAUUUGCAUGCCCAUAAAUAGCACAAGUUUUUAUUCGACAGCUCUGAGUUGUACGACACUUCAUGGGUGGUCGAUCGCCUUCCGUGUUGUCUUUGUACAUUUUGGUGGUAGAGUAACCACUAGAGUUUGUCUGUUACGUGUUGUGAUUGAGGUUGCAUGCAAAUCUAGCUUAGGCAGGUGUUGAGUUUCCAACAUCAUUCAAGCAUUUUAGGAAAAUUCUGACAGGAAUUGCUAUUGUGCUAGAAACUAUGGGAUCUGUUAACCACGGUUCUUUUUAAGAAGUCAGUGAACGGUUUGGGGGAAAUUGUUUUUUCUGUGAUUAUUUUUAUCAACAUCACUCAAGUCACCUUUGACAAAGUUUUGGUUGGAGCAAAUUUGUUUCAGAACUUGCUUGUUUAUACAAGGAUGAAAAAGUAGGAAUGCCAUUGUUGGUGUUGGCAGGGAAAAGGAAGGCUUUUGUGCUGUAGAUAUGUUUUGGUGACUGGGAAUCCUGUUUUCUGUUGAUAAAAAUCACUGCAAUACAAAAUAAUCAACUUAUAGCACAUCUCUCAGUUGUAAGAAAACUGGGAAAAUGUCAUUUGAGAUGAAGUGCUAAUGAAUCAAAAUUUCUAAUAAAUUAUAGCUGAAAAAUUCAGUUAUAUUUUGUUUUGCACAAAGUUAAAAGAGCAGCUGCAGAACUAUUUUAAAGCAUUGAUCACUAAAAGUGAAUAUUUAAUUUUUCUUUUUUUAUUUGUAAAAAGAAUGGGAGAGGCAAGCAAGGCUUAAAUUACUAAUUCUCCAGUUUGUCCAGUUUGCAAUAUUUUGGAAAGCAAAAUUGCAAAAUCUCCUUUUGAAAGUGUUUGUUUUCAUAUGUUUGUAAACCAAUGGCUGAUUCUCCCUGUAUUGAGCUAAUUUUUUUAAAAAAGAGGCUGAUAUGUCCUCUGCACAUGGUCUUAUCUUGUAUGUAUCUAAUUGAAUUUUUUUGGUCUGUUACAAGAUGAGUUGGACUAAAAAGGUUGUAAUAAGUAAUGCCAAGGAGCCAAUGAGAUUGCUGAAGGUCAAAUGAAGGGCACUUUUAGGAAGCCCUUUUGGCUAUUCACAAUUCAAGGCUUUGGUGUCUUUUUGCGGAACAUUUAACGCCUACUUUCAAAGCAUAUUUUUGUAAUUUGGUUGUUACUUCUAAACCUCUCUUCCUGUUCAGGGUUAAAACAAUUUAGUAUUUUGCAAUUAAAGGUGUGAAUUUUAAUAACAGUUUUUAUCAAGACAUAUUUAAAAAAGACUCAUUUAUCCAAAGUACAAACUUAGUGUAUCCAUUAAUAAUGACCCAGAUGUUAGCAAGGGUGGUAAAUAUUUAAGUUUACAUGAUCACACCUGGUCCUUGUUCGCCAAAGCUUUAAAGGUCAAAAUUCUUUGUACUUUAUUUCGGCAACCUUACCAGGGGUAGGUAAGAGUAGGGUAAUUUCUUUUUUGUGUAGUUACUGAUAAGACAAAUGGGAGUCUAAGCAAUUGUUGUAAUUGAAGCCUUUUGAACUUAUUUUGCAUUCUAAAUGCCAACGAAAUCAGCUGGUGAAAUGUGGUAUCUUUUACAGAGUGACUACUGUAACUGGAGCCACCUAGAGAAAGCUGACCAAUUGAAAAACAGGAAAAUAACAUAUAUACAUUUCAAGGAAGUUGGUUGUCAAACACAUACCGUAUUUAUGUGAAUACGCGGCCAACCUCGAAUUAGCGCCCACCUCGAAUAAGCGCCCAUCCUAAGGGCAGAAAAAGUAAAUAAGCCUCGAAUAAGCGCCCACCCCCUUUCACCUCAAACCCCCCCUAAAUUGAAUACAUACUAAUAAGAGACUUCCCCGAAGAAGGAGUUUUCUUCAGAGUAUUUUACAGAAACCUUGCUUUGUUACAUUUUUGCAUUUUGUUUUUACUAUUUAUUGUUUUGUUGCAAAAUAAACAUACUACACUUGCUGAAAAUGUUUAAAAUUUAAUAAAUGCCCAGCCUCGAAUAAGCGCCCACCUCGAGUAAGCACCCACUGUCAAGGUCCAAAAAUUUAAUAAGAACCCAGGGCGGUUAAUCAAAUAAAUACGGUAAUUACCACAAAAAAGAACAUGGAUUGAAAUGAGCCAACCUACCGACCUGACCUUUUAAAUCCACUGAAGAGAGCCUGUGUUCCUGAGAGGUCAAUAAAUAUUAUUAGAGUGAUUGAAAGUGGCAAAAAUGGAAACGUUAGUUAUAUUUUUUACUUGAGAUUGGUGGUUAUUGUAAAGUGCAACAAUGUAAGUGAUGACAAAAUAACAGCUUGUGUCCAACAAAUAAGUCUCCUGGGUGUUACAUAUACAAUGAAGAAUAGAAAAAUAUUGUCUAAUGAAAUGUUUGUCAUUCAUAGCUUUGUGUAACUUGUUGUUAUGGCCAACUUUCUUUGAAAGUAUUGUUAUUUUCCUGUAAUCCAGAUGGUCAACUUUGUGUAGGUGGUCAGAUUACAGUUGUAGUUGCACUGUAAAUCCCACAAUUUAAUGCUCAAAGUUGUCUCUCUCAACUCAGGGUUCUAAAUGAGUACAGCUGGCUGGUGAAAUACCACUAUGACUUAAAUGGGUGUCCUGUUAUUGUCAGAGCAGUAAAACAUAACUCUUAAGAGCUAAGUGUCUCUGAAACAGGAUUAAAAACAUGCUCUGUUGGCUUCAUUGUUUGAUAGUAAAUUAAGCUUUAACCUUUACCCUUUUUUUCUUGAUGGGAAGUAAGAUAUCUUUCUGCUGAAACCUUGUUUGACUACCUUAAAUUGCUUCUAAAUAUAUGUGCAGUAGUACCUUUUCAAAUUGUGAAACAGAUCCAUUCAUACAAUUUCUGAUCAUUAUUACCGUUAUUGACACAACUUGAUGAACCCUUCAUCAGGUCAUUCCCAAUCUCCAGCAGGGAGCUGUUCCAUCUCCUGGAUUUCCUCAGAUGAAUGAUGGCCCCCCGGGUGGUUCAAGUAUGCCAGGAGGAAUGCCUCCUUAUUUUACGGUAGGUAAUCUAGCACGAGGCCAUUUUCAUGGUGACAUUUAUAUUCUUCUACAUCUGCCAGGAUAUAAUAUUACAUCUUUGGUUUCUUACUGAAAUUUAUCAACCUUACUAAGAUUAAAUGAAAUCAGCCCUAAUUUUUACAAGAUAAUAACAAAACCCUGAAGUGUUCUGGAAGUUGUGGUAAAUGUUGGUUCAUAUGAAUAUAAAUGGUAUGGAACGCAACUCAGUGACCCAAUAGUUUAAUCAACUGUCACAAAAAAUUGUUAUGGGCUAUAGGGCUGUAAUUAUUUGACAGACAUACAGUGUAUGCAUGCUGCUGCAGGAUGAAAAAGUCUACUCUGGCUUAAUUUGUUGAGUUUAUUCCCCUGGGUUACAUUUGGCCCCUUACAACAAUCAGUGGGGCUCCUGGAAGGGAACUAUGUGUAGCAUCAUGUUCCAGAAAGAGCCACUUGUCUGUUCAUCCCUCCCUCUCCUUACUUUCAAUCACUUCACAGCUGUCCUGUAAAUCAAAACAGAAACUUUUUAGAAGGCGUUUGUGGUACUUUUACUUUCAUACAACAGCCCUAAUUAAAGACCAGGGUAAUAAAGUAUAUAUUACAUGUUGAUCCAUGUGCUAAUGACUUUUUACUUUAUGUUGUAGUCAUCACAACCGCAAGCCUCACCACAUCAACCACAAUCACACCAAACACCUCCCGGUUACAUGCCCAAUCAGGUAAUAUUGAUAUGUCCAUUUACAUCAUACAUGUUAUUGUCAAACUCAGAAAACCGUGAACGGCUGAAAACUGUCAGGAAUGUUGAUUGUGUAGUGACCAAUCACAAUGAAGUUCAGGACAUGCGAGAAAACCGCAAAACCACAAACUAACUACUGUUGCUGUUUGCGGUUUAGGUUCCUCAUGCCUUAUUGGCUUUCUCUUCGCAAUGCAAUAACAUUCCAUGAAUAUUUCUGGUGUUCAUGGUUUUGUGAGUUUCACAGUAAGACUUUUAGUUCACCCUGAUGUUGCAUUCCAUCAGUGACUUAAUUUGUGAUUUGGUGACAUGGUUGUCAUUAAGAGCCGGGUGCCGGGGAUUUUUCCUCGGCUACUAAGAGAGUGGUCCCCGGUUACUUUUAUUGGAAAAUAGAAGAAAAAUAGAACCAUAAGAAAUCCCUAGCCGUUUGAUUCCCCGCCUACUUGUUGUAUUUACCCGGCAACUUGAAAUCUUAGUGACAACCCUGGGUGAGUUUGGUGAACUCAAUCUGUCCAUACUAGAAACCCAUGGGACCAGCUACACUCUUUUAAUAAUGUAUAUGUUGUGGUUCAAUUUUAUCCUUGGUUUAAAAUUUAUUUCCUAUUGUUUGAAACUAAUUAUCAUGUUAUUAUCAUACAUUACCAUACCCAAGAACAAAAGAAAAUAAUAUUUGAAGGAAGGAUAAAAUUGAACCACAACAUUUACAUAGAGGAUAUUACACGGUGGCACAAAGAUAUGAAUUUUAUUUUUGAGUACAAUAUUUUACGAACAAGCCCAGCGAGUGAGUAAAAUAUUGUUUUUGCCACGAGAAAAUAAAAUUCAUAUCUUCAAGCUGCUGUGUAAUGUUCUUUUUAUUAUAUAGACAAAAAGACAUCGUUAAGUAAUAGAUUUUUAUUCGCCAAAAAGUAAUGGUGAAGGCUCAAAUUUACAGUACAGCAAUAUAAUACAAGACAUUGUUUACAAUAAUCUUGAGAAAUAACACUGAGCUGAAUAGGGCUCUACAAGGACAAAAUAUAAGCAAAGCUUUGAAAAAUGUGUAAUUAAAAUUCAAAGGACGCAAGAUGUCUACAAAUUUUCAGCUAAAUUUUGGAGGGAAAUUACCGAAAUUAUGUCAUCGAUAAACUCACGUGUGAGAUUAUGGAAAAUAAACCACUCGGGAGGUAGUUUUUAUGAAUUUUACGAGUGGUAUAUUUUCCAGUAAAACACUCGUGUCUAUAUAAUAAAUACAAUUAAUUCACUUUUAUCUACAUCAUUAUAAUCAUUUAAUUCAAAAUCUCAAUGUAGAUUUGUUUUCUUUUAUAGACCAGCAUUUUGUGGUCAUCUCUUUUUCUUAAGGGUUAGAAACUUCUCCUGUAAUGCAAUUUUCCAUCAAUGUGCUAAACAAUACUGAGUAAUAAUGAGCUGUAACUACCCAGCUUCAGAACGGAAUAUGAUCUUGUCUGAAAAAAUUAGCUAUGAUCAAUACAUUGAUCACUGAUAAAUAAAUUGUACAUAUUUUAUAUGUAAUCCAACUCCCACGAAUAUUUUCUGAAACUUUCAGUGGUCACAACGGUUUUCAGGAAUUUCUGUAUUAUUAUUUUGACUUUGUUGGUGUUUAAGUCUUACAUACAUUGUACUCUUAGCCAGUAUUUAAUAUUCUGCAUUAUUGAUAACUAAAGUUAUUUCUUGUCUUGGCCAUAGCCACCUCAAGGAUAUAUGCCCAACCAGGUAGGAAUUUGUGCCUUCCGAGAGGGUUUUAAAGCAUUUUGUUACUGUCAGUGUAUUACUUGUGAAUUGCAGUAAACAAGUCAACUACCUGAGCAUGUUCGUAAUCUUGCCAGACACACAUCGUUCUGAUUUAUUGUCGUUGGUUCAGAGAUAUUAAUUACGUUCUCCUCUUUAAUUUUUAAUUAUUAUUAUCAUUAUUGAUUGUACUUAAGCUGGUAGAUUGUUUUGUUAUUUUAUCAUCAAUAUCAUCAUUAUCAUUAAUCAUUGUUUAUUGAAAGAAAAUGGAUUGUGUGUUAAUCUGUGUUGGUCUUUACAGACACCUUAUGGUAUGUCAAGAUAUAACCCAGCGACAAACAGACCACCAAAUGUCAGAAUACCAGGCCAGGUACGUCGUGCAAUAGAAACUCAUUAAUUCAGUGGUGUGUUUACCAGUGCUUUUUGCCUUCUUGGAUUUCCACUAAAAUGUAUAAAAUGGUGCAUUAAAGCCAUGAGGAUGUGUCCUUCGUGAUGCAAAAAGAUCGAUACUGCCACCCAAAUAGAAAAUAGAGGCUUUAAAGUUACAAUGUAAUAGUCUAGCAGUUGUUUAACAGACAAAGAAAUACUCCAGCUCUUUACCUGAAAUAUGUUGAAGUGACUGGGAACAGUGUAGACACAAAAUCAGCUUUGCCUUCCAAUAGUCUUGCAUAUUAAAUUUUGCUGACAGAGUGGCAAGUAACUUUUACAUGACAAAUUUGAUUUCUGGGUAAAAUUUUCUUACCUAGGUUGAUUCUUCAUUUCUUAAUCUGUCUCCUUGGGUAGGAGAUAUCGGAAGUUGAGAAUCAACCUACAAUCGGCGACAAAAUGAAUUGAGACACUUCACCCUUAAUGGACUUUUUGACGUUUUCCGGACUUCAAAAGGGGAAAAGAUAGCGUUUCCUCCCCCAUCCCCUCCAUGCAAUGUUGUGCCACUGUUCGAGCUACCUUUAGAAAACAAGUGACAUCCCAACUUUGAAUGGAGGGGACAGGGGAUGGGUGUCAAUUCUUAUGCUUCUGAAGUUACCCUAUUUGAGUACAAUGUCUCAACAAUUUUGUCGCCAAUUGUAGGUUCAGGGGCAUCUGCUAAGACCCGGUACCAGGGAUUUCCCCUGGUUAACUAUAUGGCUUUUCACCAGCUACUUCCAUAGGAAACAAAAGGGGAAUAAAACCCAAAGAAAUUAAUUCCUGGCUGUUCAAUGCCCGCCUAAUAUUGCAUAGUUUUAGCAACUUGAAAUCUUAACAACAGUUCUGCAGGGUGCGCCAUCUACCGCGCCAAAGCGCUGCUAGUUUGAUUAAUUAGACUUUGUUUAUCAGCCUCCAGGGGGUGUGCCUGGUGUACAACCAUUAUUGCCGAGCACCAUGGACCCAACGCGACAACCAGGAGGCUAUCAAGGUAAUUGAGCAUUCAUAGUAACAGCACAACCCAGGACAGGGGCCCUCUCAUAACCUGGUGGCCAUUUCUUUAAUUAAUCAUAUAUUCUAAUCAAAAUCCAAAGCAAACAAUCACAGGUUCCUAGCUAACAAACUAGUCAUUUGUUUUGUUAACUGAUAGUUUUACUAUUUCAUCUUCAAAACUCCUAAAACCUUGGAUCUUGGAUGUAAACCACAACUGCUUUCCAGGCUCAUUAGUUGUCAGGACUUUUGAUGAAACAGGCCCCUGUUUAUCAAAAUCAUGUGCUUAAGGAUUGGGUAUGGAUUUUGAGGAGUUCAAUGCUUAAAAGGGUAUCCUUAAAAUAGCAAGUACUGUUCCUUACUUUGUCAGGAAGUGCACUCUUUUGCCUGGCAGAAAAAAAUGUGAGAAGGAGUGCAUGUUGCCUAUAUAUGUUAGGUUUAGGUUUGCUAUUAGAGACAACUGUUUAUUUAACUGCACAAAUCAUAGUCUGUACAAUGACAAGUAAACACUCAUUGUUACUAUUGCACAACUGCAUUCAUGCACAAAAAGUGUAAUUGUAAGUAAUACAAAGAUGGGUCUUACAUUGGCUCUGUGUUAUAGUUGUCAGUUGCUUAGGGUUCUGUUGUGGAAAAUAUUCAUAUUUUUGUUGCAUUUUUGCCCUGUUUGUUAUUGAUUAGUACUGGACCUUUUAUCAAGUUAGAAAAGUACUUGAAUGGUUAUAUAGAGGAUAUUACACGGUGGCACGAAGAUAUGAAUUUGCCACCAGAAAAUGACAUUCAUAUCUUCAAGCUGCCGUGUAAUGUUCCUUUUAUUAUGUAGACAAAAAGACAUCGAUAAAAUAAUAGAGGGAAAUGACCGAGAUUACGUCAUCGAUAAACUCACGUGUGAGAUUAUGGAAAAUAAACCACACAGGUCCCGAAUGUAGUUUUUAUGAAUUUUACGAGUGAUAUGUUUUCCAGUAAAACACUCAUGUCUAUAUCAUAAAAAUAUAUAUUUUCAUAACUCACAGGCCAACCCAUGCAGAUGAGUAGAAUGAAUCACCCCCGAGUUCCUGUUCCACCGGUAAGGAAAUACCAUUUCAUAUCAUUAUUCAUUCAAAAUAAUUCGCCAUUUCUGAUUACCUACCAAAUUCUUCAUAAACAACUGGCAUUUACCAUAUUUGGAAGAUGGAGAAAUAUACCAUCGAAUCAAUUAUCGGUAUAUUGCUUUCAUCUUCCAAAUAUGAUAUCAAUCAGGCGCAGCCGCCUAGCUGUUUAUAUAAAAUUAUUCACAGGUGGGCUAGGAAAGAAAAUCCCUCUGAAGACAAAAUAGUUCAAUUUUUAACUAAAACUGAACAGAAGGAAUGGAAAAAUAGAGCGUUUUCACUCAUGUGGCUAGCAUCUAUGCUAAUUUAUUGGAACAAAAGAAAGUUUUACGUAAGAAAAGAGUUUAAUUCCCGCAGGGUUGUCUUGGUACACCAACAUGGUUGCCGUUUCAUUGUUUUGCAACACCAAUAUGGCUGCCAUGACAUCAUGUGAAAACGCUCUAUACGCAAAACAUAUCCCUCGAUGGAUGUUAACUACUUUUUGAGGAGUACAUGUACAUGUAUCUGAAAGAAAAAACUAAGCUAAGUUUUGAAGAAAGUCUACGAGGAGGUAAGCUUGUUAACAACUAAAUAAUAUUUUGAAUGAAUAAUAAAACAAUUAGUGAAUUUGGCUUUCGUAUGAUGUGAAGAAUUUUGCAGAUCUCAGAGGAUGUUAUUCAUCUUGGCCGAUAACAUUCUCCUGAAUCUGCAUAAUUCUUCACAUCCUAAUCAGCCUCAUUCAAUAACUGCUAAUUAUCAAAUGAUUAGUAAUGUGUGGUUCCAGAAAAUAUCCAGACCUCCACCACGGAGGGAAUUGGAAAUUCCAGGGGGGUGGGGGGGUCAGAGGCCCAGGAAAUUCCAGAGGGGAGGGGGGUUGGACAAUAAAAUCACUUUCCGGGGGUAAAUAUCAUUUCAUUUUCAACCUGAGUUCGAACAUUGCUUCUUACCAAACUGUUAGAUCAUUUUUAGAACAUAAAUAACUUGAAAUUUAUCAUUUAAGAUUGUUCCUUUUGAUCUUAACCAGGUUUCCUUUCUUCCAAAAGCGUUUUGGAUGUAAUUUCAAAGGAAUUUGACCAACUACAACUCGUUUUAUCGCAUGCGGUCGCAUGCUCGUAUAUUCGGCCGCCAUUACUCGUUACCAGUCUCCCUUAAGACAUCAACGCGUGCAACACAUCACGUUGCGUCAGUCGAUCGAUGGAGGAACCGUAGAGUGGCAAUUUUACUUCAUGAAGUACAAACUAUACAUUGUAACCACUUUAGAAUGUAGAGUUUUUAUUCUCCUUUUCAUUUUCCCGUAAUUUUGUGGUUGAAGAUGUGGCAUGUUCAUGAUCAAAUUCUCGCUCGCUGAAAUGGUGUUGAUUUCAGCAAACAUUACGGCCAUCGCACAUAACGCACGUCGCAUCAGUCGAUCGGACAACAGUAAAUUGAACUUGGUUUCCUUUCAAGAUGCAGGGGGUCUUCAUUGUUAUGAUUUCAGAAGUCAGAGAUUUUAUUCUUCUCUUUGUUUUGCCUUAAUUUGGAGGUUGAAAGUUUGACUUGUUCACCAUAUAACAUUCCCGCACGACUCGUUAAUUCUACCCACAUUACGCCUACCUUACGCCCAUGAAGACAAAUAACAAAUCGUAACCUUGCCCUGAUUAAGGUAAAUUCAUAAAUACAACCGACUUGUAACUGUAUCUAUUUCAUUUAAAGUGGGGGAUGAGCAAAAACUGCAGAUUAGGUUACUUUGUGGUGGUGUUUUAAUGUUGCGAGAUCACUCAAAUAAAUGGAAACAGAAGCAUAUACAAGCUUCUGAUGGAAACCGUUACAUACUAACCAUAAAAUGCCUCAUUCUUUUACUUUAAUAGUCUUUCUUCGUGAAAAAUGAACUUUUCCAGAGGGGUUGGGGGGUCUUUGUCACACUUGUGGAAAUUCCGGAGAGGUCAGGGGGCCAUCAGUUCCCUGCAAAAAUGGAAAAUCCAGGGAGGUGGGGGGGUCCUAAGUGAGAUUCCCUCCGUGGUGGGGGUCUGGAUAUUUUCUGGAACUACACAAUAAUAAUUAAGGGCUCAGGGAACAUAAAUGGCCUAAUUAACAACUUUUUAGUGUAUUUAAAAGUUGUUGAGAAGUGGCUUUGGCACUAGGAUGGGUUGAAAGAAUGUGAAACAGCAGUGUGCCAAAAUAUGGAGUUGGUCCGUAAUGUCGUCUGAGUAGGUAGUGGUAGUUCAACAACUAGAGUUCUUAAUAGCAUUGUCAGUGCAGUCUGGAGCCAGUUGAAGUGAAAUACCGGUGAACAGUGAUUUCACAUCAACAGACACUAGUUUGUGGAUGUCAGGUAUCUGUAUUGUCUUAAUGGCAUCAAUAAAGUUCUCAGUAGACUAUAGUAACUAUAGUUGAUGUCUUGAUUUGUCAGUCAAAGGAUCAUGACCAGGUAUUUACUUGAAAGGGUUUUGGUAAAUCGCUAAUGCACUCGAUGGUGUUAUUUUUAAUAACAGUAUGUUAAAUGUGUGUGUCUUUGUCCUAUCUGUAGAGUUAUGGUGGAAUGCGACCUCCACCAAACAGUUCAGUAGCACCUGGAGUAAACAUGCCAAUGUAAGUCAUGGUUUUUUUCCUUCUGUUUACUUUACUGUGUCUGAAACAUGCAUUUGCAAUCUUUUCUUUCUGACGUUUAUUGAAAAUGAUACGAUUGUAAAGGAAGUGGAAUUUUCCAGACCUUUGAAGUGUUCACAAACUUAAUAGAAUUAAAAAGCAGCACUAAAUGACUCCUACUGCUCAACUAUAGCCCAGUAGAUUGUUUAACCAUCAUUCUUACUUUGUGGAGGUAUUAUUAUCCGUAUCACCAUGUUUCUAGCCUGUGAGAACAAGCUCCCCGAUGACUGAGCUAUCAGAUUUCCACCAAUCAAGCGAAGCAGAAUUGAUUGCGAAUGUAAACAGACAUUGAAAAACACAGGCCUUGGGUAAUGAUGGCAUCACUAUUGUCAUCUCUGCCAUUCAGCAUUUCACAUAGACAUUUUUGCUGUAGAUUUGCAAAUUCUGGAGACCUAGUUGCAAGCUGUCCUUCCUUUUCGUGCCCUGCCACCAGAGUGCCCCGGAGAGCUUGCUCACAGGCUACCAUAAUUAUUUCAAAACCUGAAUAUAAUUUACCUGUAACGUGUACACUAAAAAAAGUGUUGCACAGGUUUUUUGUUGUUCAGGUUUAUACUAAGAAACCCAGUACAACUGGAAAUAAUCAAAGGUUAUUGAGUGAAGAGUAUAACAGUCCAGUUUCGAGUUCGCUAUGACGCUGAAUUAAAUUUUUAAUUUUUUACGGCCUUAGCUUCCAUCUGAGGUAAUAUAUUCACAAAUUCCAACAAGAUAAAGACCUGUUUAUUACUCUAUCUAUCGUGUAUAUUCAAAUUUCAAACACUUGCUUGCCGGAAUUUCUUCAAAUAUUUUACUUUACGUCGAGGCUAACCCUUUAUGAAUGUGUAGUUAAUGUUCAUAUUCAGCGGUAAUUUUUAAUUGGAAACUUAACUAUUAUGGAUGGAAGGCAUCCAUACACUAAGGUGGGUUCUUUUGAAAAAUAAUAGAAAACAACCAAGCAAACUGCAUUAAAUCCCAAACGACAAAGUAAUCCAAGGUUCAAACAAUGACUGGAAAUUAAAAAUUAUUUGCAUAGCCAUGUUAUGCUAGGUUUACAUCUUGCUCACAAUAACUAAUUUAAAUCUUUAGUGUUAAAAUAUAAUAUUUUUGGGUGUGUGUUUCAAAGUUUUUACUUACUAACACAAAUUAAGUUUUUUUUAUAGGCCAGGUAGUAGACCAUGGAAUCCCACAACAUCGGUAAGCAAAAUUCUGUGUUGUCGUACAGUAUGCAGGCAACUCGCACGAUUGUACUAAAUUUUUUAAAAAUUUAUUUUGGCUUUUUAGAAGACACUAGUGAGCUGUUAGAAGACACACUUUUCUAUUAUCUCCUUAUUUGCCAUUUUGGCCCACUUUAUUGCCUUGAAAAUGUCAACUCCAAAAAAGAGAACAGAUAUUAAAUUGCAUAUUUACCUUUAGCCGGAUAUUUUUUGAGGAAGAAAAAGAAAAGACUUGGGGGGGGGGGGGGUUGUUUAAAAAUCCCCCGGGGGGGCAACAACCUUUGGUUUUUUUUUCAAAAAUUAUAAGGAAAAAAUUUAAUGUGCUUUUUUAUUGGGUAAUUAAAAUAAAAAUAAAACCCGUGUUCCCAAACUUUUUAAAUUUGUGGCCCUUUAAAGUCAAACAAAAAAAAAAAAACAUGAAACCAGAGGGAGUCAAAACGAAAACAAAAAAAAAAAAAAUAUAUGUAUUAUUUUAUUUUUUUUUGAAGUAAUAUUGAGAAAGAAAAAAAAGAGAGGGGGGGGGGGGGGGGGGGGGGGUUGUGUCAAAAUCUCCCUGGUGGUGCACAAUCCUUUGUAUUUUAUUCACAAAUUAUGAAGGAAUAGAUUAAUGUGACUUUUUAAUUGGUCAGUAAGAUCAAAAUGAUAGCCGUGGUACCAAACAUUUUGAACUUGGUGCACUAUCAAGGCCACACAAAAAAAACAUACAUGUAACACAGAGGAGUCUGAUGGGCUUCACAACCAUUACACUCUGCUAUUACCUAUGGUGGAACACAACACUUGUCUUUUCUUAUAAUAUGGGUAAGAUAAAAGCUUUACAGGGCUGGCUGCUAUUCAUGUCAUUAACAAUUAAAUAAUAAUUAUCUCUGACUUGUGAUAGGUGGCAGGCCCCCCUGGAACACCGAUAAUGCCUAGUCCUCAAGGUAAGCCAGUAUGGAUCGAUGAAAUUACUUUUUGAUCUUCUUGUCGUGUCAAAUGAAUCGAAAAGGCUUGAAUUGCGUUUAACCAUUAUUUCAAAGAACAGGCCAUUUUACCGUUGUCGGCUUGGUGCCCUAGCCUUUGAGAGACAGGAGACUGAGGUUGACCUUGUUUUGAUACAAACCUCAUUCCUUUUAUAAUGUAAAUUUUGCUUAAAAAAUACUACUAAGCAUAAGAAAGACAUGAUUUACAUAAUAAAGCAGGAAGGGUUGUAUCAAAACAAUGUCAACUCCAGCCUCAUUUUCACCUGCAACUGUAAAAUGGGCUAUUACCGCUUAUAGUGAUGUCAAUCUAAUGUUUAUGGGGUGCAAGUAGUUUCAAGUUUAUUACAAUAACGUUUCAAGUCCCAUCCUUCAGAGUGUCCAACAUCCAUUUUCUUCUAACGCAUUAUGAAUACUUAAUCAAAAGGAAAUUUUAUGCAGGGUGCAAAGAAAGUCAGUUUUACAGCUGGGCAAGCUGUAGUUAGCAUGUACUAACACAAAAUUCAUUUCAACUAGCCCCAAAAACGUUUUGAUGAGCAGAAUUGAUUACACAGUUCUUAUGUAAUUUGAAUUCCUCAAAAAACUUUUACUUGUCCAUCGGGCAAGUUAAGAACAGAAUUCACUAGCCCGAUAGCAAAAUCCACUAGUCCCGGGCUAUCGGACCUUACUUUCCAGAGGGGAAAAGUUUGACCUUUUAUUCUUAAAGGAAAUUAUGGAGAUUUAAGUUUCGAGUUUAUUGACAAGGUCAUUAAAACAGAUUAACUAAUCUAGGUGUUUGGUGAGACUAAGUAAAUAGAGUAGUAAUGACUUACAUGUGUACAAUAUAAAUGUCUGUACAUGUCUGUUUAUUAUGAUUUGGUCAGUCCAGGUUCUUGUGUCUUGUUUAGAUCCAGCGAGUACUGGAAGUGAAUCCAUGUAUGCCAUGAUGAAAAGUGUCCCUGGAGGAAACAUGUCAGCUGUAAGAAGCAUAUUUCAAGAUCAGUAAAGCUAAGCCUGGUGUCCAUGAUGAUUGUUCAAAUCAUUACACAUUUUUAGCAUUGGUAGUGAUUUUAGGAAUUUCAUGUAUUGAUGCUAAAGUAUCCAUGGUGCCAGCUUUCAAGUUCUUUAUUAAAAUGAUUAUUCUCUGGUGAAUUCCUUUCUUUUUCUACUUUUGUUGACACUGAAACACAGUCUAUAUUAUGACUGGGGACAGUUAUGUAGUUAUUAGCAAAUAGUUAGUUAGUCACGCAAAUUCUGAGUAGCCUGCUUCGCAGAUGUAAUUUAGCCUUUGUUAGUAAUUGUCUGCAAAGCAGUGCCAAUAUCCUUGUUCUGGGAUACCAACAGACUCACCAAAUUACCAGAAGUGUAUUUCGUAUUUCCUUUCAUCCUGAUUGGCAAAUCAACGAUGGAUUUUUUAACAGGCCAGCCAAAGCAUAUACUCAAAUCCUGGUACACAGGGAGGGGCCUUCAACAAUAAUUUUGGUGCUGUUUCACAGACAGACUUAACCAGAGUUUAGUUUCUGUCUGUGGCACAGGCUAAUUCUGAGGAGUGGUAAUAAAUUUGUUUUUACCUUUCAGUAAAUUAAGUUAUCAGCUCUAUAUUCUGUUGCCCAUUGAAAGUGCAGUGGUUUUACAAAAGGUGGAUGUUGUUUUUUGUUUGUUUCAGUACAUGGGAGGUGGUCCAGAACCCCCACUUCCACUUGGAGCUCAGGAACCAACUCUUGUUAUGAACGGUAAGGCUUCAAAUAUACACUACAUACAAACUGACUUAAAUAGAUAAUAAAGUGUAGUGUGUGUCUAUGAACUGUUGUGCAAAACCACACCUAAUUCAACCAUAUGAAACCUACUGUAAGUGCAUACUUAACAGUAUGGGAAUAUUGGCAAGGAUAUCACCUAUCUGAUUCAAGAAAGGCUUCCAUAGGAAAGUGUUAUAGUGUGCGUGAUACUGGCAAAACUUAGGCGGAGAUAUUCAGUGCUAUCACAUUUCCUAGAUUCAGCUCGGUGUAAUGGAGACUUGGAUGCUUUACAAGAAGCAACUUCGGAGAGAGUCAUUUAGUCAUGUAAAUGUCAGUUUAAGCUUUUUUACUUCAAGAAUAUUCACUAAGACUAUUUUAAUUUUUAGUUUAGGUUAGAUAUAAGAUAAUGCCAUGCAUUAUUAAUUGUCUUGUCUAACCUAGGUAAUAGCAUGAUUUGUAGUGAUAUUUGGCAUAAAUACCACGAGUGAUAUUUCGAAAUUGUUAUAUGUAUAAAUUUCACGAGCCGUUGGGCGAGUGAAAUUUGAGACAAUUUUGAAAUAUCACGAGUGAUAUUUAUGCCAAAUAUCACAUGCAAAUCAUGCUAUUAUUUGUUUAUACUACUACCCACACAAGGUUUGUAAUUUUCACAUGUAGGUAUUUCACUGCUUUAAGCCAAUAAAAUUGCAGAAAUUUCUCAUGUGGUAGUGUAAUAAUAGAUGUAAUGCAUCUGUCCAAUCCUACAAUAAUGUCCACAUUGUCUUAGUUGGGGCUUGGGGCUGGAGAUUUGUCCGGGUAUGAUUAAAUUGUAAACUCCAUGUCUACUUUAGCUGAAACAGUAUGUUGUGAAUGCAAAUCAUUACUUUUCAUAUCUCCCCACCUUCAAAUAAUUUAUGUAACCUCCCUGUCUACAGAAUGUGGAAUUAACAUCUAGACAGCACUGUUGUUGUUCAUUGAUAUGUUUUUGUUUUUCUCUCAGAUUCCAAUCCUGAUAUGGAUGGUCUGCCAAAGGUAAACAUUUUAGAAUUGCACUUUUAUUCAUAAUCAGAUUAUAAUGACACUCCAACUGUAACCCUUGCCUCCACCCUCUCCUCCCCAGUAGCAUUAUUGUUUUUGCUGUAUUGUUUGCAGGAUGCUCAAAAUGAUCACAACCCAGGGACCCCUGGGGAAGGUGAUAGCCAGUUUGGAAACUUACUGCCAUUUUCACAAGAUAAUGUAAGUAAAACCUAACAGCUUGUCUACUGUUAGAACGAAUAAUGCCCAUGUAAUUAUUGUCAUAAUACGCUGAAUUCAAAGUUGUAAACUUUAAGUUUAACUCAAGACGGACUAAAAUGGACUAAACAAUAACGUCAAGUUUCCGUUGUAAAACAGACCCUAAUCCUGGUAAGGAUUUUUAACUUAAGCCUAUUAAAAUGAAGAUGAAAAUCUCCUUGUAAGUUUAUAAAAUUUAACAACCUGUAAAGCAGUUAGAAUGAGAAGCACUUAGAAGCUUCUUUCUCAUCAAAAACGUUAAUUAGGUGUUAAUCAAAGCGUGAAAAUUACAAACUAAGCUUAUACAAACCUGCAAGAUGUUAAAGAAGCUCAAAGCCCGAUCACUUUCUUUGUGGCGCCAUUUCCCUCAAUCUGAAGUAGUGAUCGUCGGGGCCUGGGUCCCGAUUCUCGAAAAUCCCGAUAAUUAACACAUUCGCCCAUAGGAAUUUUGCUGAAAACGCGUUUUGAAGCUAGUCGAGCGGAUUUUUUAGUCACUGGCUGGCUAUAAAGAGCUAAAGCGUACCACAAAGCUGUUUACAGGUCGUACACUUUAGGGCCUUCUGAUCCAGAGGCAAAAUGUUAGUUCGCGAAGUUUUUGUUUUUUUCCCUUUUUCUAGCUUCGUUUACUCUCCUCCCCUCUUCUUUCGCUUUGUUUUCUUUUGGUCGGCGUUUAGUAGGUUUCAUUUUGGUGGGAAAAGUUUUUGGGAAGGCUUGUAGGAUCUUAGUAUUAGAUGAAAGGAAAGGUAGGUGGGCAGUGAAACAAGACGUGGAAAUUUUCGGGUCAAUGUUACAUGCCUUUUCCUCCGGUCUCCUUAAGUGGAUCGUGCUUAUUCUGGUUUGGUUUGAAAGAUCUCUUCACCCUGCACAAGUUAGCGGACAAAGUUGUCCUUGAUCAUUAAAACUGAUGGCGUCACUAGCGGAUCCGUACGGGCGGUUCAGUAGCCUGUGUACAGCCGCCCGGCCCCUCCCCUCAGAAAAAAUCGGAGCCCCUUCUCCUAUUUCUGUGGGGAGGGGGCGGCUGUACACAGGGUGGCGGUUCAGGGUCGAAUGUGUUUAAUAACGGCCCUUAAAGGGAUUUUUCGACAAACGGAACCUCUGGAAGGGCCGGCGGGAUUAAUUAUUCCCGGCGUAUUUGCUCGAACGAGUGCGUCCCUAAAAUAAGUAUUAAGUACCAAAUAUAUACCGGUCAGACUGAUUUGAAAGUUAGGAGUGGGACGAACUUUACAACAAGCGUUGUUGUGGCGUUUCUUGUGCUGUUUCUAUCGAUCGGUGUUUUAAUAAAACAGAGAGCGAGAGAGAAAGAGUAAAGUUACGUAUAUACUGUAUUAUUCGCAAAUAACUAGUUCUAUAAAAAAUUGAGUCGCACUGACAAUUUGAAAAACUUAACAAAGCUCCUCAACGCUUUUUCGAAUCAAUACUUACACCUUAUGUCUCGACGACAUACAAGAAAUGAUAAUAUUCACCGUGAAGUGUUUAAUCUAAAAUAGGCCAAGCUAAAGACAAACAAAAAUCAUCUGGAAAUUCGCUAUUCCAAAAUAGCCCUUAGGACCCGCACAGCAAUUAUUUGUGUGAAGGUCAUUCCUUUCAGUGAACUAGUCUUGAUUAAGAUGAUUUAGAAUAAUGUCAUUUUUUCCUGUAUUCAUCCUCGGACUUUUAAGAACUAAGCUUAACACAGUAGGCGUGUAGUAUUAAUGAAUAAAAUACUUGUUGAAAGAUCAUAUAACUUUAGUGAAAUACCUAAUAACUGAUAUGUGAUCUAUCUCUGAGAGGUUUAUUGUUAUUCUUGUGGGUAAACUUUAACAUCAAAUCGAAAUUCUUAUUCAUGCAAUGCGUUUGUACUAUAAAUUCACUUGAAAUCAUCCUUAUAAUGACUUAAAUUUCGGAAAUAAAUCAUAAUCGUAAACGAUUUUUUCUUACAGCGGGGCAUUUUGAGCCUUUCCUUUCGUUUUAUCUCAGUAAAAUCUGUUUUUCCUUGUAAAAGAUUUUCAAAGGAUGGCUGUUAGAACAAGAAAUUUGUUCGUUUUUUAGGUUUAAAUGUUAAUUAUCGGACCAUGAAACGUUUCUUAUCAGGUUGUGUUUAUUCCCAAACUUAAUUAACAAAUGCCACAUCUGUUAAGAACAACCAUAGGUCAUUUGACGCCAUAACCACGUCUAAAAAACUUAAAUACUCAUACGUUCAUUCCCAUUCUCCCUUUGUUCGCCAAAUCACUCGGUUAUACACAGAACUUUUUUCAUGAGACCGCGGUCCUCGUGGUCAGUAGCAAGGAUAAAGCUGAUCACGGGAUCGAGGCUUAAUCACCGUUCUCUUUCUUUCGGUCGUUUGACUUUAUAAUUCUUAUUUGUUUGCAGACAUUUCCAAGUUAGACUGAACGUUAACAGGCUUUUAAAGUGAGUUGAGCUAUGUACAGUUAGUGUUGCAUGCCAAAUGUGGUUAGAGCUAAAGAAUGACUUAUGGUUGACUUGUCAUAACACAUUGAUCGUAAAAAAACCUACCCCUUUGAAACAACUAUCAAAAACCGUGUUUCUUGAGCAAAAUAACUAGGAUUGAAGAUGGAUAUUUAACACAAAUUAAGAGUAGUAAUAGACGUGUAGUUCUUCCUGAAUCAAAAGUGUUCUCUUGAUGAAUGGUUUACCAUCUUAAAUUCUUAGUCUGUAGCCCAAUUCAAUUGUUCUUCCCAACUUCACGAACCCAGAAGUCCUGCGCAGAAGUUAUCAUACCGGAAUAUGUGCCCUGUCAUCAGUUGACAGUAGGGUAUUACGGUAUGGUGACUUGCGCACUGGUUGUCUAGUCACUGUCUCUGUCUGCAUGUUCAGAACUUCCACUCACUCAGGUGGUCAGGAUCAGAUUAAACCCUUCAGACAAAUGGGAGCAAGUGUGGCGCAGUGGCGAGAGCGCUUGCCUCCCGCCACUGUAGCUUGGAUUCAAAUCCCGGUGUCGACGCCAUAUGUGGGUUGUGCUUGUUGUUAAUUCUUUCCUUUGCUCCGAGACGUUUUCUACCGAUUACUGCGGGUAUCCCCUCUCCUUAAAAACCAACCUUUCCCAAUUCCAAUCCCAGUUUUAGGGAUGGUAGACGAAGAACUACUACGUGGAUGUGUUACUUAAAAAUUAUUAUUAUAUUGUUUAUAAACUUUUUCAAACCUUUAAAUUCUCUGUUGUGAGUUUGCGGAAUAACUCGGGUCUCAAUUUGAUGAUUAUAUAAUUGCUUAAUAAAUCCCAGUAGGCACUGUAGCGACCUACAUAUCAGCACUAAGCAUUUUUUAUGCUGUCUUGGAUACGUAAGAGAACGCUUUCUUCUCAGAAAACGUUUGUUCCUGCUGGAAGAAUCAAACGCUUCGUCUUUUAAUGUUUUCUUUCCAUUUUAGUGUGUACGAUCCAUCCGUGGAUAAAUAAUUAUGUAUUCUACUGAUAUCUUCUAUAAGUUGCGUUUCGCGUUCAGUCAUCCAAACAAAGGAAGUUUAAAAUCAUUCUUACGAAAUAAAAUCGCGUUUUUACAGCAAAGCUUCGUGCCUUACCGGGUUAGUAUUAGCAUGCGUUUCAGGCUGGGCCGGUGAAACGAGACAGCUCGUUACACUCGUCUCCGGCGCCUUCCCAAAAAGAUGUGCGCGCAAAUUCCCUUUCCCAUGGUCUUCCUUGUAACACCUGGCACAAGCCGAGGUUCAGUCCAUGUGUACCUGACAAACUCAACAAUGAAUCAAGCAGUACUUGAGUGUACUUUAUUUCUGACUUCUCGGUCGGCUCUGAAAUUCCUGACCCAACUUAGAGUUAUAUAUGUGCAGACCUCAAGGUAAAUAAAUCGGAGAUAGGAGGAGGCAGCGUGGCCGAGUGGUUAGAGCGCUGGGCUUGUAAUUCGGAGGCCCCGAGUUCAAGUCCCGCUCUGACUGCUACAGGGUUCGUACAGGUCAUGGAAAACCUGGAAAGUCAUGGAAUGUAAGAAUUUCGUUUUCAAGGCCUGGAAAGUCAUGGAAAAUUAAAGUUUUGUGUGGUAGAUUAGUUGCUGCCGAUGACAAAGUAAGGAUAAUGUAAGACAAAGAGGAGUAAUUAAACAGCGCGCAUUUUGGUGGAUACCAGAGUUCGUUUCUGUUGAACUGUUUAAGGUAAAAAAAAAAAAAAAUAUAUAUAUAUAUAUAUAUAUAUAUAUAUAUAUAUAUAUAUAUAUAUAUAUAUAUAAAUAUAUAUAUAUAUAUAUAUAUAAAAACAAAAAAAAUUUAAAAAAAUUUUUAAAUGAAACAUAUAUAAAAAAUGGGGGACAAAAGAGCGAAAUGUGUCUCUAGAACACACGUGCGCUCUCAACAGCUGCGCAACAUAUAUAUAUAUAUAUAUAUAUAUAUAUAUAUAUAUAUAUAUAUAUAUGCAGCACAAGACCCUAAAUAACUGCACACAAGCCAUUGAUGCUGCAGGAAGCAGCAGUCAGCAUAGCAUUACAAUACAACGAAUUCCUCCAGAAGCUACUGAAGGUUUGUAUCGAGAAACAUCUCGCAUUCUGUUGGAUAAAAAAGAUCGUUUUUGUUUAAUUAUUUGAAAAAAAAAAAAAAAAAUAUAUAUAUAUAUAUAUAUAUAUAUAUAUAUAUAUAUAUAUAUAUAUAUAUAUAUAUAUAUAUAUAUAUAUAUAUAUGCUAAAACAAGUAAAGUUUAAAAAUUUUCGGAAGUGACAGCUAUAUCUAAGGUCUUGAAACACUAGACACGGUCAUGGAAAAAGUCAUGGAAUUUGAAGAACUUGACAGAAUUCGAACCCUGCGCUAGCUGUAUUUGUUCACGGUAGUCCCGAGUUCAAAUCGUCGACCACGCUUGUGAAUAGCCAGCUGGUUUGCCUCCGGCCAGGUAGGAUUCUUAACCCUGUUGAAACACUUGUGAAAGACAGCGAUACGAGGGAAAUAAGCUCUCUCUCUAUGUUUGACUUGAAUUAUUUGUUUAAGUCAUUUGCUGGGUUCCACCAGCAUAAAUAAAUACUGCCGAGGAUAAAUAAUAAUAAUAAUGAUAAUAAUAAUAAUAAUAAUAAUAAUAAUAAUUAUUAUUAUUAUUAUUAUUAUUAAAGACUGCAAAAAGAUCGAUUUUUUCUCAAAAUCGGCUUAACGCAGCGUAAGAAUAGCCUAAGAGUCUUAUGCGCGCGAAGCGCUCGAGUCUCGUACGCCUUACGGGCUCUCCCCAGGCCAGCUGUCUGUUUUCAGCCUUGGUCCAAACCAUUUGUUUGACUGUUCGCGCGUACUUGAAUACGCAAAAGUACGGACUGUGUUACAGUUUAUUAUUAUUAUUAUUAUUAUUAUUAUUAUUAUUAUUAUUAUUAUUAUUAUUAUUAUUAUUAUUAUUAUUAUUAUUAUUAUUUUUGUUAUGCGCAUGUCUCACACCAAUAGGUGGCCUUAUUCCCGACCAUCAAGCUAUCUCCUUUAGCCAUAGGUGUCUAGGGUCCUUCUUAGGAUCUUGGCUGUUCCCCACAAACAAGUUUCUGGAUUACCAUUAUAUAGUAGUAAUAACAUUUUUUUAUUAUAAUUAUUAUAUAUUACUAGUAAUAAUAAUUAUUAUUUUCAUUUUUAUUAUUAUCGGAGAUUAUCAUUCCAAUUGGUCAGUGUACCGACAAACAACAUUGUGUAGCUUCUCCUAAAAUGUUCUACAAUCGUGGUAUAGGAUAUAAUGGAGCCAAAACCGAUUGUGGAAUUGCACAUAUGUUAGGCAAUAGGCAUCUUACUGACGAACAGUUACGACUUAUUAUAACAAUUUGCCGUCUGUCCCCUUUGAAUUGUUAUUAGAGUUUUGAUAGACUUUAUUAUUUUUCAGGAUCACUGCGACUCAGUUGCGAUCCUAAAGAUCAAAGAAAGUAUGCAAGAAGAAGCUAGAAGAUUUGAAAAUACAGAUGGGACAACAGACCAUCAAGGAGAGUUCUUCAUGCAAUAACAGCAAGAUAGCUUUUUUCUUUGUAUAUUUAUCAGCUAUUAUCAAACGAUUUGUAGAAAACAAUAGUGCAGAGGGGGUUUGGACCUCAGUUUUAGGAGAAAAUCUAAUAAUAUUUCCAAACUCGCUAGUACUAGGAUCAUUUCUCUUGUGCUCUGGGGUUAAACAUUUUAGAUUACUCUCCUGUCCUUGAAUCCUCAGAACACACGAAACAAAUGGUACCUAAAAUAGAUUGUCUCUAAAAUAAGGUUAUAUUAUAUAGAAAAGGGAAAGUAUGUUUGUAUAGUUCGUGUACUACGUUCCGUCCGCGUUUAACAUAUUCAUCUGUUGUUGGGUUCACGUUGUAGAUUUACUGGCAAGUUAUAAACUAUAGUAAAGAGCUCGGCCUUCAGCUAAAAAGGUAAAAUAUACACAAAUAUCAACGAAAAUCAUUGGAAAUAUAACUUGUUCUCCACAAGAAAACUCUCGCUACCCGUAAACAUUAUCAUUACUUGUCGAAUUAUUUCAACAAAAUAUGUUUAGCGGAUAUCUUUGAGUCGGCAGAACCAAAUCUGCGUCUCUGGCUUAUUUAAAUUGAGAAUAUAAAACCACACGAGGCUGUUCUUGCCUCUCUAAGUUUACUAAGCCAAUGUUCACACUAUAGCGACACGAAAAGGUAUCCGGUAUGGUUUAAAUACCUAUCCGAUAUAGAGAUCGGCGCGGCACAGUUUCGCUGCGUUGCAGAAAUUGCGCCGAAAUCACUGCUCUUCAGGGUUCGAACAGGUCAUGGAAAACCUGGAAAGUCACGGAAUGUAAGAAUUUCGUUUUCAAGGCCUGGAAAGUCAUGAAAUUUAAUUUUCGGUCCAUGAAAGUCAUGGAAAACUAAAGUUUUGUUUGGUAGAGUCGUUGCUGCAGAUGACAAAGGAAGGAUAAUGUAAGAUAAAGAAACAUUAUUAAACAGCGCGAACUGCACGCGUUUUGGUGGAUAGCAGAGUCUGUUUCUGUUGAACUGUUUAAGGUCAAAAAGUAUGCCAAAACAAGUAAAGUUUUGAAAAUUUUCGAAAGCUUUAACUAAGGUCAUAGAAAACUAGAAAAAGUCGUUGAAAAAGUCAUGGAAUUUGAAGAACUCGAAGGAGUAGGAACCCUGUGGUUAUGUGUGAACCAGAGCCCUAUCCGAUAUGGGUUUCGUGCCGACGCAAAUGCUGUCCGGUAUAGUGUGAACAUAGCCAAAGAAUCGUUGGAUCACUAUACGAUUCUGCAAGGUUCCCCUCCUACCCCUCCCUUAACCCUGCGUUUACACGGACCUCUUAACUUAAUGCGCAGUGUUGUGUUAAGGGAGGGGUCGGUGGGCAGGUUUGUAGAAUCCUAUACUGGUCUUUAUGGCUGCGAUACUAGCAAUUUUUAUAGGAGCCAUUGACGGGUCAGUUACUCGAACACAGUCCUUUCUGGGAAACCUGUAGAAGUAAAAUAGGAUUAACCUGGAGGACUGGAAUGAUUUUGUGACCUUUCAUCGACAUAGCUGAAUGCCCAGGGUAUCUUGCUGAUCACACUUCUUGAGGCAGUACUUGGUGGCCUUUAUAAAGUCGUUUCAGGUAAGCGGUUAUGAGGCCGUCUGAACCGUCCCUCAAGGACUGUAUAUUGAAUACUGAUUAUCCGAACUUGCCUGGGAGUCCUUUGCUCCUUAAACGAUCACGUUUGCUAUACUCUUCUUAUUCUCGUCAAUUUAGAGGAUGUAACCUGACUAUUUUGUAAAAUGCAUGCAUCUCCGUCAAUAUUUAUGCUAAACGCGCGGUAGAAAUUUACCACUGGGUUAAACGCUUCUGAUUUUCCGUUAUUAAGUGUAACGCUUAGCGAACCCGGUAACUUUUUAGCAUGCUAGGUAUAUUUAAAUGAUUCAAAGCUGCCGGUUUAAGGGAAAACUCAAGUUCAUAGAACAUUUGCGUUGAGUUUAUCUUUUAAACUGAAUGUUAUUUAGGUUUACCAGCUGCACCACACUGUAGGAGAAUAACUCGCCACGACAGAAAAUGUGGGUAGACUGGACACAAGCCUUCAUCAGCACUUGGGUUUAUGGGGUUGGUUUGGGUACGUAUGUAGUGAGUUCCGAGUUCUUACUCAACCUCUGAGAAUGACCAGCUUUUAAAUUCUCCUUUAAAACACUGUUAAAUCAAAGAAAAGGCCACGAGAAAGGUUCUGCAAGUUAAAAGCUCUUGAUUUUUAAACAAAUCGUCUUCAUCUGGCGCCAGUUGUUCAAAAGGUGGAUAAAGCUAUCCACCGGAUAAAUCACUAUCCACUGUAUAACGCAAUUGGUUAGAUAGUGAUUUACCCGGUGGAUACCGCGAUACAUCUUUUGAGCAACCGGGGCCAGUACAGGGAAUAUACGGAGAACAGUGAAAUGAAUAUGCUUUUGGAUAGUAGGGUUAAAGUACCAAUGGGAGGUCAUAUUGGGUGCUAAAAGAUCCUACAAAGCCGGUGUCCAGUGUAUUCAAAGAUUCUGUAGUGUUGAGAAAUCCAGUUAUUAGGCAAGGUAAUGCCAACCCACUCCCUUGGAUUUUCUGUCGUCCUUUUUCAAGACAGACUGACCCUGGGAGUGAAUUUUGGACGAUUACCUUGUUUAGUUUCCAUGACCUUGCUAAGGAUAAUCAAGUAGAUAUUAAUCAUCAAUACAGCAGAAAGGCUUGCUAGACUUGCGGGCUAUCUAUCAGCAGGACCAGCGAAACCUUGUUUCUAACAGCGGUAAAGUAUUAACUGCUUUGAAAUAAAAUUAAUUUUUCUCUGGGAAAAAGUAUGGGGUGUCACCAAAUUACACUGGGCUAUGAUUAAUGUGAUUAAACAAGUAUGACUGAUGUGAAGUAAUUUUAUGGAACCAAUUUUUAAGACUGAACAAGUAUGUUCCAAAGCAAUAAACCCCUAUAUUACUUUCUCCUAAAUACCAUAAUAAAUCUGUAUAAAGAACUGUCAAAAUAUGUUACUCCUCUAGGUAAGUACUCUUAUACAGUUUGUGAUCAUAUUGAUUAAAGAAAUUGCAAAUUGAUUAUAACUUGCCAAC